AUGGAGGGAAAUUGCUCGAGCGAUCUGCUGAGGAAAAUCAAAGAGUUUUCUCUGCCGAUCUUGGGGGACUUGAGCGAAGGACGAUCCCCGUUGAUUUUCAUCCAGCGGUUCAGAACCUAUUGCACCAAUCUUGAUUCAAAUUGCACUUGCAGCUCUAAUAAGCCUGAUGGACAUGAAAUUCUUACAUUUAAAAAGGAAAGCCAUGUGCGUAGAAUUGAUGUGUUGUUGAGGGUGUUACUGAUAGUGCAGCAACUUCUUCAACAAAACAAACAUGCGUCAAAGAGAGAUAUUUAUUACAUGCAUCCAUCAGUAUUUACAGAUCAGUCGGUUGUCGAUAGAGCAAUUAAUGACAUAUGCAUCCUUCUGCAAUGCAGUCGGCACAAUCUAAAUGUGGUUUCUGUUGGAAGUGGGUUGGUGAUGGGAUGGUUAAGAUUCUUUGAAGCAGGAAGGAAAUACGAUUGCAUAAAUAGCCCCAAUACUGCCCACACAAUUCCUGUGCUUGUUGAGGAUGUUAAAGAUCUUGUUAGUGUUGCCCAGUACAUCCUGGUUGUAGAGAAAGAAUCAGUGUUCCAGCGUUUAGCAAAUGACCAGUUUUGUAACAAAAACCGUUGCAUUGUCAUCACAGGAAGAGGCUAUCCAGAUGUUGCCACGAGAAGGUUUUUGCGACUCCUCGUUGACAAGUUAUGUCUGCCUGUUUAUUGCUUGGUAGAUUGUGAUCCAUAUGGCUUCGACAUCCUGGCCACUUACCGGUUUGGUUCAAUGCAAAUGGCCUAUGAUGCCAAAUUGCUACGAGUCCCAGAGAUCCAAUGGAUUGGAGCUUUUCCUUCAGACUCUGAGAACUAUGAUCUUCCUCAGCAAUGUCUCCUGCCUUUGACAACAGAAGAUAAGAGGAAAACUGAAGCCAUGUUAAAUAGAUGCUACCUUCACCAAGAAGUGCCAGAUUGGAGGUCGGAACUAGAGCUGAUGCUGCAAAGAGGAGUGAAAUUCGAGAUCGAAGCAUUAUCAGUUCACUCACUUUCCUUCUUGUCAGAGGUGUAUAUUCGGUCCAAGAUCCAGGAAGGAACAUAUAUCUGUCACAUUUGACAAUUGUCUUGUGUUCUGAAAGUGAAUAUCAAUUGUGAGACAUGCAAGAAGAAGGUGAUGGAUGUGUUGCAAAAUCUCCA